AUGGAUUAUGCCACUAGAUGCAAGAACUGCAGGUUUUGUGAAGAAGCUAAGGCUAAGGUGAAACGAGCUACAGCACAUGACUGCAGGAAGGGAAAAAUCACGAAGGCUCUUCAAAGUCAAUGGAAAGUUCUGUUCUAUGUGAACUAUAGAACAAAGCACCAUUGUCAAACACAAGAUAUACCAUAUACAUUGGUGGUGAUGAUGAUACAACCACACUAAGCCACAUGCACGAGAAAGUACCCUAUGAUGUUGAGAAAUGGUCUGACAUUACACAUGCAAAAAUGUCUCUAACAACCAAAUUAUAUAACAUUAGCCAAGGAAACAAGUUUAAAGACAGUUCUUCACUUUCACACAAAGUUAUCAACUAUCUUUCGAAAUGUUUUAGUUACUGUGUUGCUCAGAACAAAGAAAUCCUUCACAGCUUAAGAAAUCUCUGUCACAAAUUGUCCCACAUGCCUUUGGUGCCCACACUUUAUGCGACUCAUAUUGGUGCAGUUUUAUUGAGAACCCAGCUACCUACACACACACAAUGAUCUGCCACAUGGUAAAGACCUCCAUGGUGAACAACUCAAGAAAGUCUUAACAGAACUCUUCAAUGAAUAUUGUACUGACGCUGUUAUAUCAAAGUCUCAGAGAAGUGAAUCACUAAACAGUGUGAUUGGUACAAAGAACCCGAAGACCAGAUAUUAUGGUGGCAGUAAAAGCAGUUAUUUUCGUGUUGCAUGUGGAAUUGCACAAGUAAAUGUUGGAUAUGGCUACAUAAGCAAUUCAUUGGAAAGACUAAACAUUGAACCUGGAGAACUUUGCACAACUUAUGUGACUAAUAUGGACAAAAAAACAGCCACUGCCAAAUUAAGAAAAGGACAGAAAAAAUCUAAGUAUCGUAGAAAUCAACUACGUUGUCAAAAAAAUUCAAAGCUUGCAAAGGGUGAGAAGAAAGAAGGCAAAACAUAUGAGUCAAAUAUCGGACUUAAUCUACAGUUACCAAAUUCUGAUAACACAUCAGUUGACCCUCUACACCUCACUGAAUCUGUAACCGAAGAACAACAUCAAAGGAAUGAGAAACUAGUUCCAGAGUUCUGCCAAAAACCACCAAGCAAAGCUAUUGCAUAUGAUCCACAAAAAUGCUAUAAGUUGAUGUUUGAUACCGAGACAACAACUACAGGGUUGCAGGCAGAGACUUGUCAGCUUUCAGCUACUGAUGAUGAUGGACAAAAUGAAUUUUCAUGUCAUAUUAUGCCUGAAGGAGAUGUGAGCAAGUAUGCACCCGAAGUAAACAAACUAGAAAUAUCCAGUAUAAACGAGCAAAGGGAACUCUGCCACAAGAGGGAGCCGGUAAGAUGUACAACAAAGAACCAAGCCCUGAAUUGA